AUGCCUUUUGCAGCUAUCGAGCAUCCUUCGAGCUUACUGGGAAAGCUGUCCCUGCCCAUUGGGAUGCACCGUAGGGCAUUCAGCUACGAUGACGCCUUGGAAGAUUUAGCGCCAAUGACACCCCCUCCUCCUGAUAUGGGAAGCAAUAUAUUGUGGAAACAGCCUGUUAUUCCAGAGCGGAAAUAUCAACAACUAGCAAUGGUGGAAGAUGGAGAAAAUGCUUCAUCUUCAAUCACGGCUCCAUCAGCUGAAAGCCAGAGCAAAGUCCACGUGGUGAAAGCCAAAGCAACUUCUAUCAUUAUGAACUCCCUUAUGAAACAGCAGACACAGGAAAGCAUACAGCGAUUUGAGAAGCAGGCUGGUCUGACAGAUGCUGGUUACCAACCACACAAGGGCCUUCUUGCAGAAGAAGCCAGCUAUCACCGUGUUGGGGAAGCUUUACAGAAAUUCAAAAUACAGAAUGUGGAUUCAAAAAAAGAAGAGAAGCAGAUAUCCACAUCAGCUCAGUCAACACCCACUGGGACUCCACAGGCCUCUCCAAUGCCAAAUCGUAGAUAUUUGUUUGGCCAGGGAGCGACGACUUCUGAUUUGAGCAGUAGGAGUCUGGAUGGAGAUUCUUCUUCUAUAUUUGCCAGUGACUCAACUGCAGCUGAAAAAUGGAGACCUUUCAUGCUUACACAGAAUUUCAGAGCAAAUGAAUCAGGUGCCUUUGCUAUUCAAAGUUACAAAGGUUUGCAAAAACCUUCCCCUAUGGACAUCAUGCGUACACGGGGCACUGCUACUCAGAUAGCAGAAGAUCAUGCAAAUUUGAAACCCCCCAACAUGGAAAUACCUGUGCUAGAAGGACAGAAAAAGCAGCCUGUGCGUACCCACGUUGUAAAGCCCAGGGAUGUGAAUGUCUUUGCUCCUACAGGCUUUUAAUAUAUUGCACCAUGUUUUUAGCAUUGGCUGUUUGAGAACGUUUUUUAACUUCUUCCUCACCCGUGAGAUCUUUAUUCUAACUACCCUUAUUCUUGUAAAGAUUUUAUUUUUAAAAUGAGGGAAGAAAUUAGCAGAGAAGGAAGAGAAGUUUGAAUUCUGUUGUAGAAUCAGAGCCUGUUUGGAAUACUUAAAAUUUGCAAUGCUCAUUUGCACCGAAAAGCUUGGGUUGCGACAUUUCUGUAGUCUUUACCAUCUUUACUGCCCUACAGCCAAAAAACACUUGAAGCCAAGUUGGAAAAAAUGAGAGCCUUGGUGUUGAUGUGAUGUGUGCUGAGGUUUCUGGUUAAGAUCCACACUGACUAGCAAGCUUGGUUUCGUAUACAAAAACAGGGUGCUGGAAAAACUCAGCAAGGCUGGCAGCAUCUGUGAAGAGAAAUUGGAGUUAAUGUUUUGGGUCUGUUGACCCUCCCUCAGCUUCUGUUUUUGUUGCUGAUUUACAGCAUCCACCGUUCUCUUGGUAUCGGUAUCAUAUAGCCUUGUUGUAAAGAUGUGACUAACAAGGUGUUAGGGAAUGUACUCCUGUUCCUGUGAGGUCAAGAGAAAAACUGUUGAGAUAGAUGGCACAUAAUACUAAAGAGCCACCUGUAUACCUCUAUUUAUGGAAUUGUAUAAUAGUUAAAUAAACUCAUGUACCUAA